AUGAGGCUGCGAGACUUUCUGCUCACUGUGCUGCUCCAGGCCAGCUUCCUGGGGAGGGGCGCGUGGGCUCAGCGUCAAGAUAUCACCACCAGGGUCGCCAAUGCAGAAGACUGCCCCGUGGACCUGUUCUUUGUCCUGGACACCUCAGAGAGCGUCGCCCUGAGGGUGAAGCCCUUUGGGGACCUGGUUGCCCAAGUGAAAGAUUUCACCAACCGGUUCAUUGAUAAGCUGACAAACAGGUAUUACCGCUGCGACCGCAACCUGGUGUGGAAUGCCGGGGCACUGCACUACAGCGAUGAGGUCGUGCUCAUCAAGAGCCUCACCUCGAUGCCCAGAGGCCGGAACGAGCUGAAGAACAGUGUCUCGUCGGUGAACUACAUCGGGAAGGGCACCUACACUGACUGUGCGAUAAAGCGGGGCAUCGAGGAGCUGCUCAUCAGUGGCUCCCAUCACAAGGAGAAUAAAUACCUAAUCGUGGUGACUGAUGGACACCCUUUGGAAGGCUACAAGGAGCCCUGUGGAGGCCUGGACGAUGCUGCCAAUGAAGCCAAACAUUUGGGGAUCAAAGUGUUCUCCGUCGCCAUCUCCCCCAACCACCUGGACCAGCGGCUCAACAUCAUUGCCACAGACCAUGCCUACCGCCGCAACUUCACCGCCACCAGCCUGAAGCCGACCCGGGAGCUCGACGUGGAGGAAACUAUCGACACCAUCAUCGACAUGAUUAAAGCCAACACAGAGCAAUCGUGCUGCUCCUUUGAGUGCCAGCCUCCUCGAGGGCCUCCCGGACCUCCUGGCGACGCGGGCAAUGAGGGAGAAAGAGGCAAGCCAGGUCUUCCCGGCCAGAAAGGAGAGGCUGGAGCUCCAGGCAGGCCAGGGGACAUGGGACCUGUCGGCUACCAAGGAAUGAAGGGCGACAAAGGAAGUCGAGGAGAAAAGGGCUCAAGAGGAGCCAAAGGAGCCAAGGGUGAGAAGGGCAGGCGUGGAAUUGAUGGCAUUGACGGCAUGAAGGGUGAAGCUGGAUACCCUGGGUUACCUGGCUGCAAAGGCUCACCCGGAUUCGACGGAGCUCAAGGCCCGCCUGGACCGAAGGGAGAUCCUGGUGCUUACGGACUCAAGGGAGGAAAGGGGGAGCCUGGGGACGAUGGAAAACCUGGCCGACAGGGGAUUCCUGGCAGCCCUGGAGAGAAGGGCGCACCUGGAAACCGGGGUGAGCCUGGACCGACAGGAGAGACAGGUGAUGAGGGUGCUCCUGGUGCGGAUGGUCCUCCUGGAGAACGGGGCAGCAAUGGAGAAAGAGGCCCCCCAGGCUCACCAGGCGACCGCGGGCCAAGAGGAGAGCCGGGAGAGCCUGGACCACCCGGUGACCAAGGGCGGGAAGGACCCCUCGGACCACCUGGCGACCAGGGCCCGGUUGGACCCCCAGGACCCAAGGGCUACAGGGGAGAUGACGGCCCCCGCGGCAACGAGGGCCCAAAAGGAUUGCCUGGAGCACCCGGGCUGCCAGGAGACCCUGGCCUGAUGGGAGAAAGGGGGGAGGAUGGCCCUCCUGGGAAUGGCACAAUUGGAUUCCCAGGUGCCCCGGGGCAACCAGGAGACAGAGGUGACCCUGGCAUUAACGGAACAAAAGGCUAUGUCGGUCCUAAAGGUGAUGAAGGAGAAGCUGGAGACCCUGGCAACGAUAAUCUGACCCCUGGCCCUCAGGGCAUCAAAGGAGCAAAGGGCCACAGAGGACCUGAAGGCCGCCCGGGACCACCAGGACCCGUGGGGCCUCCAGGGCCAGAUGAAUGUGAGAUCUUGGACAUCAUCAUGAAGAUGUGCUCUUGCUGCGAGUGCACCUGUGGUCCUGUCGACCUCCUCUUCGUGUUGGACAGCUCGGAGAGCAUCGGCCUGCAGAACUUCCAGAUUGCCAAGGACUUCAUCAUCAAGGUCAUCGACCGCCUGAGCAAGGAUGAGCGUGUGAAGUUUGAAGCUGGGGAGUCCCGUGUGGGCGUUGUGCAGUACAGCCAUGACAACACUCAGGAGCUGGUGGCCAUGGGGGAUGCCAACAUAGACAACAUCGGGGCACUCAAACAGGCAGUCAAGAACCUGAAAUGGAUAGCUGGGGGCACCUACACUGGAGAAGCCCUGCAGUUCACCAAGGACAACCUGCUGAGGAGAUUCACCUCUGACAAGCGCGUUGCCAUUGUCAUCACGGACGGACGCUCCGACACGCUGCGGGACCCUACUCCGCUCAGUUCUCUGUGCGAUGUCACCCCGGUGGUUUCCCUUGGGAUAGGUGACAUUUUCCGGAACCCUCCGAAUCCAGAUCACCUGAAUGACAUUGCUUGUUUAAGCAGACCAACCAGGCCAGGAUUGUCCAUUCAAAGGGACAACUAUGCCGAGCUCCUGGAUGACACCUUCUUGCAGAACAUCACCUCAUAUGUCUGCCAAGAGAAGAAAUGUCCAGACUACACCUGCCCAAUCACCUUCACCGAGCCGGCAGACAUCACGCUGCUGGUGGAUAGCUCCACCAGCGGGGGGUUGCGGGGGGCUGGCAAGCCUGCCGAUGAUUUUGUGCGUGUCUCAGUGGUCCAGUACAGUGGUAGGAACCAGCAGAAAGUGGAAGCUCAGUUCCAGUACAACUACACGGUCAUUGCCAAAGCCAUUGACAACAUGGAGUUCAUUAACGAUGCCACGGAUGUCAAUGCUGCUCUGCGGUACAUCACAGGGCUGUACCAGCGGUCUUCCCGUGCUGCGGCGAAGAAGAGGGUGCUGGUGUUUUCCGAUGGCAACUCUCAAGGGAUCACCCCGAGGGCCAUUGAGAGGGUCGUGCAGGAAGCUCAGCAAGCUGGCAUUGAGAUCUAUGUGCUGGCGGUGGGUAGCCAAGCCAACGAGCCCAACAUCCGUGUCCUGGUCACGGGGAAGAGCGCAGACUACGAUGUGGUCUAUGGGGAGCGCCAUCUCUUCCGUGUGCCUGACUAUACCUCUCUGCUACGUGGUGUCUUCUACCAAACUGUCUCUAGGAAGAUAGCUGUUGACUGA